GAUGGGAAGGAAGCCAUGUUGUUCAAAGGAGGGGCUCAAGAGAGGAGCAUGGACUGCUCAUGAAGAUAAGAUCCUAGUAUCCUACAUCGAAACUCAUGGGGAAGGCAAAUGGAGGAGCCUCCCAAAGAGAGCUGGUCUCAAUAGAUGUGGGAAGAGCUGCCGCCUCCGGUGGCUCAACUACCUGCGUCCCGAUAUCAAGAGGGGCAACAUAUCGGAGGAGGAGGAGGACCUCAUCAUCAGACUCCACAAGCUCCUUGGAAACAGAUGGUCUCUAAUUGCAGGAAGACUACCCGGGCGAACAGACAACGAAAUCAAGAACUACUGGAACACAACCCUGGGGAAGAGGGUGCAUGGCCAACCAAGCCUGGACUCCAAGGCAACAUCUACAGCCAAAUCCAAAGGCAAAACUCUGAUGACCGGCCCACCGGUAGCCCCCCCACCACCUCGGACCGACACGCCCGUGAUCCGAACCAAGGCUGUGAGGUGCACUCGGAGCUUCUUUGCUCCGGCCCAACUCAUGUCUUCACUUCUAGAUAAUUUGGUGCAGAGAGAGAACUCAGAGAAGAGAACCCUUUUUGAAAUACCUCAACAUGAGCCUCUCAAUGAUCCUGGGAUGGGCUCCAUGGACUCUGAUAAGGCUUGUCCUUUGGACUGGGAUUUUUUGUUGCAGGAUAUAUGCGAAGGGAUUCAAGUUGGGGACAAUGGAACGAGUGAAGAAGGCAGCAACACUAACUUGGAGGUGUGUUCAAAUGAUUCACUGCCGUUCGAUGGAACAAUGCUUGAAAAUUGGCUUGCAAGCGGAUGCUAUCAGCCUGAUGUCACGCUGGAUUUCCAAUCCUUGGCUUCUCUACUAGAUUCAGAAGAGUUCUGGUUCUAGAGGAUAUCAAAAUGAUGAGCCUUAAAACAUCUAUU